CCGCAUCUUUGCAAAGACAACCCUGCUGCUGCAUAGCUGAGUCACUGAGACCAGCUCGGGCUGCUAACGUGUGUGUUUGACGUCUGAGGGGCUGCAUCCAUGAGAAAUGCAGAGGAAUGAUGCUGGCACAGCGCCCACUGCAGUCUGCACACCGCACUCCUCAAAUCACGCCUCGCUGGCUCCCACUCUAAUUGGUUCCACGCAGGCUCCGGCGGAGAGCUCACCUGUUUUAAUUGGACUAUCGCGACAAGUCGUCUGAGUGACGUCGAUGCCCACUUUCCCCAGUUGUCGUAGGAAUAUCUGAGGAUAUCCGACGAGACUAAUUGGGCACCGACGGAGACCGCAGCAGGACCGACGGACGCGCUGCUCAGCAGGCCGACAACACGAGAGACACUGAGAGUCUGCAGCCUGUGGAUGGACGCAGGACAGAGGACAGUGAGCGCUCUCGACAUGGACCAGCGGUAACAGCCUGACAUUAUUAAACCAAAUGCUGUAGGAGUUCAUCUGCUUCAUCUCUGAGCUCCUAGUUGACAAGGAGAGCGGGGGACAUUGACUUUUUACGCGUGGGUAAAAACUCUGCAAUCGGCUAUUUUGCUCUCUAGACGCCAGUGCUGGACACAGGAGUUGCCCCGUCCUUAUUCUCGGCAUCGGCUGGCACGCUGAGACCAUCAGCACUGAAGCCCUCUGUUUUUUGCGCAAGCGGUCGGUGCGCCCCUGCGUUUGGAGCCAUGGGUUGUACGGUGAGCGCCGAGGAUAAGGCGGCCGCGGAGAGGUCAAAGAUGAUUGACAAAAACCUCCGAGAGGACGGAGAGAAGGCUGCCAGAGAAGUGAAACUGCUUCUGUUGGGUGCUGGGGAGUCUGGGAAGAGCACCAUUGUAAAGCAGAUGAAGAUCAUCCAUGAAGAUGGCUACUCAGAAGAUGAGUGUAAGCAGUACCGAGCAGUGGUUUAUAGUAAUACCAUCCAGUCUAUUAUGGCCAUUGUUAAAGCCAUGGCCAGUCUCAAGAUAGACUACAGCAACCCUUCCAGAGUGGACGAUGCCCAGCAGCUCUUUGCCCUGUCUGCAGCUGCUGAAGAACAGGGCAUCUUUCCUGAUGACCUUGCCAACGUGAUCAGGCGACUGUGGGGCGACAACGGCAUACAGAGUUGCUUUACGCGGUCGCGAGAGUACCAGCUCAAUGACUCUGCUGCAUAUUACCUGAAUGACCUGGAGAGGAUAGCUAAAGCAGAUUACAUCCCCUCCCAGCAGGAUGUACUGCGAACUCGGGUCAAGACCACUGGCAUAGUGGAGACUCACUUCACCUUCAAGGAACUGCACUUCAAAAUGUUUGAUGUUGGAGGACAACGCUCAGAGAGAAAGAAGUGGAUCCACUGUUUUGAAGGAGUCACAGCCAUUAUUUUUUGUGUUGCACUGAGUGCUUAUGAUCUGGUGCUGGCUGAGGAUGAGGAGAUGAACCGAAUGCAUGAGAGCAUGAAGCUGUUUGACUCCAUCUGCAACAACAAGUGGUUCACUGAGACCUCCAUCAUCCUCUUCCUCAACAAGAAGGAUCUCUUUGAGGAGAAGAUCACUCGCAGCCCCCUCACCAUCUGCUACCCAGAAUACACAGGAGCCAACAAGUUUGAUGAGGCAGCCAGUUACAUUCAGACCAAGUUUGAAGACCUGAACAAGAAAAAGGACACAAAGGAGAUCUACACCCACUUCACCUGUGCCACUGACACCAAGAAUGUGCAGUUUGUCUUUGACGCAGUCACCGAUGUCAUUAUUAAGAACAACCUGAAAGACUGUGGUCUUUUCUAAAGGACAAUGCCCGACGCACACAGACUGCAUGAGAGACUGCAACUGCCAUGUAAUGAUUAUUGAUUUUCAUAAUGAAAACCCUAACUGACUUGAUUCCUAGAGGGGAAACCUUAAAGAACUUCAACAAUCAAUGAUUUGCAACCAUCACAUUCUCUGUCAAUUGUGUUAUUAUGUUUUUUAUAUAUAUUUCUUACUGCUCUGGAUCAGGGGUUCUCAUACUAUUCAUACUGAACGCCUGUAAAUAGAUCUUUGAACAAGGACCCCCUUAUUGGACAAUAAUCGCUAAUAUUCAAGGGAACUUACCUGAGAAUUGUUGUUUUUAAAUUACAUUUGUAACUAUAAAUUAUAUUAUCUGACUGGCUUAAGUAGAAAAUAAUUGUUGGAAGAGUAAAACCAAUAAUAAUAAUCUAUUAUCUCAUUGUGUCACAUGGAAAAGUAUUUUUCAUCCUUAGUAGGCAUUCAAGGACCAGUUUGAGAACCACUUGUUAAAACAUUAGUUAAUAAAAGAAAAAGUCACAUUUUUUUGUA